AUGUACUUUAUGUUGGUUGAAAAUUCACUUAAUCCUUCAAUAUUUUUUAUCUGGUUGUGCGUUCUCAACCUUCUACCAUCUGGUUGGUCUUUAUCCCGGAUAGAACCUUUUCUGCGCCGAUCUGUUGUUCACUUGCAUCAAGCGAUCGUAAAAUCUGAGGUAGAAUUAGGUCUUGUAACCUGUCUUGCGCGUAAAUCUGCCCGAGAUUUGGCGGUUACUGACUCCGAGUCAUCCGUACAUGUUGGCUAUCUAAUGGACAUUGACUCCUUAUCAAAUUGCUGCCGAUGUGGCCUUCCGAUCGAUUCUUUUACUCCAGCCUCCUUGGCCCCUCCUUUUGCUCUCGUCUCCAAAACACCAUCAACUAAAUCCACAGAUUCUGAUCAUGCUGCUUAUUUGCCUGGCGAACUUGUACACGUGCAAUGUCUUUAA